AUGGGCAACAGCGAACCAACUGUCCCAAAUGGAGAGGAAACGUCCUCCAAGGCCCUGGGAUUUCCCCCAGUUCCUGCAUGUUCCUUGCACGUCAACGGAACUGGAGCUAGCUACCUAGAUUCUGACGUGGACGGCGACGAAGCGGACGGCGAUGGCGCCACUGAUGUAGCUAUUUGUGGAUUUUCGUUCAAGUUUCCGCAGGACGCCACAUCUGGGGAAGGUCUGUGGAAUAUGAUGGCAGAGAAGCGCUGUGCAAUGUCCGAGUUCCCAAGGGAUCGUGUCAAUACGGAUGGCUUCUACCAGAAGACAAAUCGAAUCAACACGAUGCCAAUGAGGGGCGGGCAUUUUAUCAGAGGUGAUCUGGCCGAGUUUGAUGCAGAUUUCUUCUCGAUUUCUCCGGCUGAAGCAGCGGCAAUGGACCCUAUGCAACGAUGGCUACUUGAAGCAGCAUAUAGAGCAUUGGAGAAUGCCGGUAUGCCACUGCAGGCUGUUGCUGGGUCAUCCACCGCCGUGUACACUGGGUCUUUUAAUCUGGACAAUACGGUACACAACAGUCGGGACAGUGAGGAUAGUCCCGUCUACAACUCUGUUGGUUCAGGCCUCAGCAUGCUUGCCAACAGGCUCUCCUGGUUCUUCGACCUCCGAGGACCGAGUAUCGGACUGGACUCGGCUUGCUCAAGCACAGCUAUGGCCAUAGACAUAGCUUGCCAGGCACUGAAGAGCGGAGCCUGUGACAUGGCCCUGGUAGCGGGCAGCAACUUGUCCAGCGCCCCCGAGCCGUAUGUCUGGAUGUCAAACCUCAAUUUCUUGUCACCCGACAGUAAAUGCUACUCUUUCGACAAACGUGCCAAUGGAUACGCCAGGGGGGAAGGAAUCGCAGUCAUUGUACUAAAGCGUGUGGAAGAUGCUGUUCGGGAUGGGAACCGUGUGAGAGCGGUGAUCCGCGCAACGGGCUCAAACGAAGAUGGCAGAACACCAGGCAUCACUCAGCCCAGUUCCAGGGCUCAGGAGCAAUUAAUCCGCAACACAUACCAGAAAGCGCGCCUAUCAAUGGCUCAUACGAGAUUCUUUGAGGCCCACGGAACUGGUACACCCAUUGGCGAUCCUCGCGAGGCCCUGGCCAUCGGGCGUGCGUUUCGACAUCAUCGCACCGGCGACGACCCACUUUACGUGGGCGCCCUGAAGUCCAACAUUGGACACUUGGAAGGGGCAAGCGGACUUGCCGGCGUGAUCAAGGCGGUGCUUGUUCUCGAGAAGGGCCUCAUUCCUCCGAACGCGAAUUUCGAGAAGCUCAACUCCAAGAUUGAUGCAGAGUUUCUGAGACUCUCUUUCCCAGAAAGCGUCCGCCCUUGGCCAACUCCGGGGUUGCGACGAGCUUCGGUAAACUCGUUUGGCUACGGAGGAUCCAAUUCUCAUAUUAUUCUAGAUGAUGCUUACAAUUACCUUCGCAUCCGUUCUCUCCCGGGCAAACAUUGCUCUUCGUUUAGUCCGCCGCAGAUCGACCCGAACUCUUCAGGGCCCUCGGAAGACGGCCCCGGUACACUGGAGACUGUGGGAAGCGAUCCAAAGUUGCUCGUCUGGUCAGCAGCAGACAAGGAUGGAAUUGCCAGAAGUCUCAAGUCAUACCGAGAAUGGUAUGAAUCUGUAGGGCGAAUGCGCACGACCAAUGACCCGACCCAGCUUGCAAACCUAGCCUUCACUUUGGGCAGUCAUCAGGAGCUUUUGAAGCCAAAGCAGACCUCAAAGGUCAACGAGGCCGAGUUCAGCCAACCACUUUGCACCAUCCUGCAAAUGGCUGUCGUAAACCUGCUCCGCCGAUUCGGUAUCGUGCCUUCUGCUGUUGUGGGACAUUCUUCUGGAGAGAUUGCAGCGGCCUACGCCGGUGGCUAUCUGUCAUCCGAAUCAGCCUGGAAGCUGGCUUACUUCAGAGGUCUCUGCUCGGCCGAGUUAUCUGCAGCUUCUAUGUCUUGCCCCGUCCAAGGGGCUAUGAUGGCUGUGGGUUUGUCUGAAGAAGCUACAGCCAAAUCCAUCGCCACAGUUGAAGCCAAGGCUACUUCGUUCGGCAUAAAUAUUGCCUGUAUCAAUAGUCCGGACAAUGUCACCGUCUCCGGCGAGGAGCGCUUGGUCGACCAGCUCAAAACGCAAUUGGAGGCCCAGAACGUCUUCGCUCGCAAGCUCCGCGUCUCGUUGGCAUACCAUUCCCGUCAGAUGAGAGCCAUCUCUAUCAAAUACACAUCGUUGGUCGAGGCACUAACAGGACCACCUGAUGACACGCGCGGUUCGAUUCCCAUGAUAUCUACUGUUUCCGGAGAAAGGGUCGACGCGAAACGCCUUCUUGGCAUGCUCGUUAUGGCGCUUGAGGCAGUGAAACAACUGACUAGUGCGAUGGGCACAAUUGAGGGCUACACGCUCCGGGAUGUCCAUAUUGAGGCACCCAUGGACCUCACCAACAACUCAAACUUGGAAGCCGAGACUUCUCUUAGGCAAACAACGAAGAGUACCGACGGACAGACCUUUGAGUUCACCAUACGUUCCAUCGCCACCGACGAAUGGCUUGUCAACUGCCGCGGCUACGUCUCUGUUCAAUUUGCCCGGAAAACUGCGAAUUGGGAGGACAGAUUGUCCCAGUCGCGAAGACAGUCCAUGUCCAAAGAUAUUGUACAACUCUCAUCCUCUUUCGAAACAGCUGUGGACUCGCAGAGAAUGUACGGCUUGUUGCAAAAGUAUGGGUUCGACUACGGCAGCGACUUUCGAGCUGCUACACAUCAGCGGUGCGAUUCAAACGAAAAUCGAGCGGCCGCUCAGGUUGCAUUGUUCCGUUCCGCGAACGAGCCUCACAUUAUCCACCCCGUCUCCCUGGAUGCUAUACUGCAUAUAUUCCUGACAGCACUUACCUCGGGAGGCUCGAAAUCUACCAACUUGAAUGUGCCAUAUCGUAUCGGGAGUUUGUGGCUCUCCAACAGAAAUCUGAGCUGGCCGGAAUCCGAGACCGUGGAAGCCUUUACAGCCAUCACCCGGAUCACGAACCGGGGUUGCAUUUGUGAAGGUGCCGCCCUGGAUACCGGCGAUCCUGCUGAACUGAGACUUUGGUACCGAGAUUUCGAAAUGCGAACGGUGGCCAAAGACCCGCAUGUCUUUCACCUGCCAAACCCGGAACAGUUUUGCAUGAAUAUGUCCUUCAGUACGCUCGAUGUGAAUGGAGACCUAGAAAAGCAAGGUUUCGGGAUCGGGGCCUACGACGUCGUUGUGGCCGACAAUGUGCUUCACGUGUCCUAUGAUGUCGCUGAGACCAUAAGACAAGUGCGCCAUGUUCUAAAGCCCGGUGGCAAACUCAUCAUCCACGAGGCGUCCAAACCGGACGGGUGGCCAUAUGGCUUCGUGUUUGGACUUUUCCCUGGAUGGUGGCAGGGCUCAGGGAGCAACAGUCGUCUCUCGCCCAGCCUCCACAAGGAUCAAUGGGAUGCUGUCCUCAGAGAAAACGGCUUUUCUGGUGUGGAUCACGCCUUUCGAGACUUCGAGAACGAUACGGCACAUCAUUCUGGUUGGAUGAUCUCGACAGCAGCAGCGGGGCAGCGAAGCAUACCACACACCCAGGGGCAGCAAAUUACUUGGGAAGCCCUGGUCUUCAUAAAGCCAGAGUCCACAGAGCAAACAUACCUGGCGGAGACACUGCUCUCUCGUCUUCAAGAUCUGUUCCAAAUUCAGCCACGGAUUCUGAGCAUUGACUCGGUGAACGAAGCCACGGCAAGGACCGAACAUGAUUCACUUGUCGUGCUGCUCACCGAUUACGGUCCAUCAUGGCUAAACUCAGUGAACGAGCGUGAUUGGACUCGUUUAAAACAGCUUGUCGGCAACUCGCGUCGAUUCUUGUGGGUGACCGCUGGUGGUGGUUGCAACGCCUCUCCAGAACACGCCGUGCUGGAUGGACUAGCUCGAACCUUGCGUUCUGAAGACUCCAGACUUCAUCUCGUGACGGUCGCCCUUGAGCCUUACAACACAAACGCGCAAAGUGUCAAGCACCUGUCCCAGAUCAUCAAGACGAUGGUCACUAGACCUGCUGGCCAAGCAUACGAGCAAGACUUCAUCGAGAUCGACACUAAAUUACACACGCGGCGGCUUGUUGACGCAGAAUACUUGCGGAGUGACGUGUACGAAAGACUCGUGGAAUACGAUACUGUGGACGUGCGAUCGAGAGAAGACCUUGCGUUCGAGGUAUCUACCGUGGAUUCUUCAGAGCAGGAUGGCGGAACUCCAUUCUAUGUCGAGUGCCCUCGUCUUUCGGAUGAGGACAGGGAACCAGAUACUGUCGAUAUCGAGGUCAAAGCCGUGUCUCUCCUGUCCCGAGAUCGCGACAGUGCAUUGGAACUGGUCGCGAGUGCCAAGUAUGGCAGCUACUGCGCAGGGACAGUGGUUCGUGGGCCUGAAGUCGAUUCAGAAGACCUCGCAGGCGUCCGGCCUGGAGACCGCGUCUUCGCCGCCUGUCUUGGUUCUUUCCGUUCCCACGAGUCCGUUUUCCAGAAAUUGCAGCUCUCCGAAUGGAAGGCUACCAUCAACUCCAAGGUCCAAGCCUCAUGGAAUCUCCAUUGCGAGCUCCCUCGCGAUCUAGACUUCUUUAUCAUGACAUCGUCCAUCACUGGUAUCCUCGGCCGUGCGUCCCUUGCCGCAUACAACGCGGGAAACACGUACCAAGAUUCCCUGGCUCGGCAUCGCGUGUCAAAGGGCGAGCGUGCUGCCUCGCUGAACCUGGGCGCCGUUCCGGAUGCCGGAUACUUGAAUGAGCACGCCGGCGGCCGUAUGAAGGAUUCCCGUGAUGAUCUCUACGUCUUGAACCCCCUACGAGAGGUCUGCGCUCUUUUGGAUGUAUUCUGCGAUCCAAAGACCCCGUCAUCACUCGAUGCCUCGGGCUGUCAUGCCGCCAUUGGAAUUCGUCCUCCAUCUCGUUGGAAGGAUGUCGGCAAGGUCCCUAUCACAAUGGAGCAGCCGUACUGGGGACAUAUGCAUUAUCUCCCAGUACUGAAUAGUUCUGAUGCGACGAUGGAGCACGCAGACGGGCAUCAGGUCAGGGUUGAUCCUGCAGUCAGAGUCGCACAUGCAUCUUCUCUGGCAGAUGCAGCUGAUAUCGUCAGCGACGCCUUGGCGCGGCAGGUCGCAAUUCAACUGAACACGGCUCAGGACCGGCUGGACCCUCAACGGCCGAUGUACUCAUUCGGGAUCGACUCGCUGUCUGCUGUCGAAAUUCGCAAUUGGGUGGAUGAGGUUUUCAGUGCCGACUUGCCUACUUUUGACAUCUUGGGGGGUGUCACGUUUGCAAAUGCUGCACUGAAUAUUGCACAACAGGUUCAGCUCAACUAG